CAUCACAAUAGGUAUUUUUAUCAGACGAAUCAAGGCUGUACGUCCCAUGAACCCUACUCUCUCCGCCCUCCUGAAGAUCGCAGUCAGCUGAUGUAAAGUGUGUUGAGAAAGUUCGCUGGCGGAGCAGAGCGACAGAGGGUUUCCUGGUGAGCUCGCAACCGACCAGCGGCGAACGAGAGGAGCGUCAUCACUCCCUUUAAUUUCACAACACGCGUGCAAAAAUGUGGACGGAGGUGAAAAACCAGACCAAAAUUGUAUUUAGCGAUGGAAACACCUCGGAGGUAAGCGUUAGACAAACUCAUCGUAGGCGAAUAAACAAAUAAAAACAGAGAGCUGUUCCAAUGCACACAUGGGUCCUCGCUUCAUAUGAACAGCGCAAUGAGUCAACGGCCAUCCCUCGCCCCUCAUACACAGAAGACCCCCAGGCCAGAGGAAGUGGCAUCAUCCCAGGUUUCAGUUGGAACAUGCUCAAUGUUUGUUUCCAUGGUGGAAAAGAAAAAGACUUAAUCAGACACGUGUCAGGUGGCCAGACCCAGGCAGGCCAGAGGUUUGGAAGACAGCGUGACAUUCCGCUAGCCACGGAGCCAUUGCAGCUGCAGUAUUCAUUGGUUUCGUAUUGGGUCUCUAUGCAGUUCUGUGGAAGUGUAUGGUCUCACCACCCCAAAGGAAGAAGAGGAGGGUGAGGGUUCGAGACAAGAGGAGCCAAGUAUGCUGACUGACAAUCAGGAUCUCAUCUAGGCCAUCUGGCCAGAGGAUCCGCUGGAUCCAACUCCUGCAUCAAACCCCGGCCAGUCAAACGAACCCGAAAAGAUCCACUCAUACUGACUUGAGUCUCUCAUCAGGAUGUUCCUGGACAUCAGAGAGGAAAUGGAGAUUCAGAAACAUUUGCAUGGAGCUAGGGGAUGGCAUAAUUAUGGAUCUAGCUUAUCAUGGUCAGAGGAUGGACCGGAAUCUAAGGAUCCGGUCAAAUGGAUCUAAAAGGAUCUUCUAAAUUGCCUUAAGAGGAUCCACUCAAAUGGCUAAUGGAUCCAACUGAAGUUCAUCAGAGAGCAUGAACAAACCAUCCAAACCAGUUAAGCUGGGGUCUGCAGACCCAUCAAACUUGGAAACAUUUUUGUAUGUAAAAAAAAAAAUCAGAAUAUUACUAACCGGUCAAACACAUUUUUGCCAAGAGAUCUGUUGAAUUAGUUUAGAGUGUAAAUACAAUAAAAUGUCAUAUUAUUAAUAUACAAUUUAUGUUCUUAAACCCUGGACAACGUGGGCCUGGGAGGCUCACAGGGAUAUUGGCAUCUACAGUACUCACCAAUUAUAUAUUUUAACUCAACCCAUAGUGUGUGUAUAUUUUAAACUGCAGUUUUUGUCUCAUGGGAAAAUGUGUAGAAUUGCAGAAUAUUAGUGCUAAAGCUGCAACAACACACACUCUUUGCCCCAUGACAAAAUAUGUCAAGAGGCUGGCCUUUUAAAAUGUUCCUCCCCAGGACCGAGCCUUGGUUCGUCCGGCCAUACACUGAAGUCAUAGUAAAACACCGUGUAUGCUAUUUUUCUCACUCGAGUUGUUCUGAUUGAGGGGGUCCCUUUAUAUAUUUGCUAUCACAAGAGGUGCCGGACCCCAAUAGUUUGAGAGAGCCUGAUCUAAAUGAUUCUAGGAUCCACUGUAUGCCACAGUGCUAUGCCUGCGUGAGAUGCUGACUUUUAACUGAAGCGUAGCUAUACUGUUGUCUGCGGGUCACUGACAGUGAAAUCUGUACUACUGAGGAAGGAGGCAGCACAGGUCACUGUUCUUCCUAUCAGUCAACAAGCCUACUGGCCUGGCAAACAUGUUGGGUAUGUUUUCUCUCUCUCUGUUUGGGUGAAAAUGUGUGUAGAUUUUGAUUAGGUUUGACUACAUGUGUUGCAAAGGAAAGUGAUAAUGAAUGGGAAAUUUGCUAAUAAUUCAUAUAUUUGGUUGUGCAUGUGAUAUGAUGGCUUUAGGUGAAUGAUUGAGCUGGAGUUAAUGGCCUUAUGAUAUCCAGGUUUUGUCAUGUUACUUUUCCUCAGGAUGUGACUUACUGUUCCUUUCAUUAAACUGUGAUUUGUGUUCUUGUA